AUGGUUCUACAUCGGGCUAUCCAGGCGGCUCGUGAGGGGGACGUCGGGGGUCUGCGUGAACUUCAAGCGGCCGGCUGUCUGUCGGCGUCCAUCAUCGACGCCCAGGGGGCGGGGCCAGUGCACCAUGCGGCUCGCUGUGGACGCCUUGACUGCCUCACCUUCCUUGUCACUCAUGCAGGGUUGCCUGGCAACGCCCAGGCCCUUAAUGGAGCCACGCCUGCUCAUGACGCCGCUGCUACCGGACACACGGCAGCACUGCAGUGGCUUAUAGAGCACGGAGGAUGCCACGUGGAGGACCGUGAUGUGGCGGGGGCAACGGCUCUUCAUCUGGCCGCUCGCUUCGGGCAGGUGGGGGUGGUGCAGUGGCUGCUCUCAAUGGGGGCGGGGGCCCUGGACGAGACGGACUGUGGAGCCAUACCUGCCCACUACGCCACCGCCAGGGGAGACCUCACCUGUCUAAAGCUACUGGUCAACCACGCACCUGGGUGUGUGAACCGUCAGACGGGUCUGGGUGCCACCCCAGUGUACCUGGCCAGUCAGGAGGGCCACCUGCAUGUGGUGGAGUACCUGGUGAAGGACUGUGGAGCAGACGUCAGCCUGCGGGCACACGAUGGCAUGAGCGCACUGCACGCAGCCGCACACAUGGGACAUCACGCACUAGUGGUGUGGCUAGCCACCUUUACGGAUGUGGACGUGUCCUGUCAGGAUAACGAGGGGGCGACCGCGCUUCACUUCGCGGCCAGCGGGGGGCACCAGCGCAUCCUGGAGAGGCUGCUACGAAUGGGGGCGCAAGUGAUGCAGGACUACUGGGGGGGUACCCCACUACACGAUGCUGCAGAGAACGGGGAGAUGGAGUGCUGUAGGAUCCUGUUGGCGGGAGGAGUGAGUCCAUCUGAGAGAGAUGUAGAUGGCUUCACCGCGGCUGAUCUGGCUCAGUACAACGGCCACUACGACUGUGCCAACUACCUCCGCGCCAUGCAGCGCAAUCCAUGCAGUGCCGCUAAGCCAGUGAAGGAGGCGUUUCCCAUCGAGGAGGAGGAGGAGCUGAGAGAGCGCCAUCCUGACCCCUGCAGGCCUGGAGGGGGAGACUACUACAGACGCCUCAACAUACACGACACAUGCAAGAUGGACUGCCUGAAGCAACCAGAGAGUGAGGAGCCCCCCCAGGCUCGCCACCCGGCCGCAGCAAAAGCCCCCAGCCUCAUUGGAGGAGUCGCCCCACUCAUGAAGACAGACCUACACAUCAACAGCUCACCGGUGAUGAGGAACUUCAAUGUGAGUAAGCCGGUGGAGGAGAAGAAGAAGCUUCCCAGCUCUAAGCACAUCGUCAGCCUCAAACCAGCAGGGAUGACCGCCGUCUUCACUGGACAAGCUAGCAAGAUGGUGGUGCUGCCUACAGAGGAAGCUAACCUGUCAGACAUUGACUCCCUGGUGCCCACGCAUGACGAACGUGGACGACCCAUCGCAGAGUGGAAGAGACAAGUCAUGGUCCGACAACUACAGGCUAGACUACUCAACGAGGAGGCUCAGAGGAGGAAGGAGAAUGGUAACCGCUACACCAAGAUGGACAGCUGGCGCUACUCCCACGCCCAUAACGCCAUCCUGGGGCCGUUUGGGGAGAUGCUGACGGAGGCCGACCUCAUCUACCUGGAGCAGCAGAUCGAGAGCGUGUCGGGGCGGAGGAACUGCGAGGGGUACGAGGGGGAGCUCGCCCGGGUGGCAGAGGAGCUGCGACACAUCCUGCCACCGCCCAUAGUCAACAUCAGCGUCAACACUCAGCUCAAAGGACUACACAGCCAGGUGUGUAUGUGUGUGCAUGUGCCCCUGCCCAUGUGGUGUAACCGUAUCUCGGGCAUCGUGAAGAGCAUGUCCCUACUGAUGUCCAACCUGACGGACCAGCCGUACACCAAGAUGUUCAACAACGACCUCGUGACCGUGUUCUCGGAGAUGCAUACGAGCCGGCGCGGACAACGGCAGGAAAUUGAGAACGAGAUACAGCAGUUCGGGGUGUCCGUGCGGAACCUCAAAUCCAACUUUGAGAACCAUGAUGAGAAGACCACCACGACGCCAGGUGGCGUGGAGACGACGACCGUGGAAGCAACCACCGUUAUGGAGGCCACCGUCAUCGAAACCACGACCAUCUCGACGGCCACCAUCUCCAUACGAGAGGACAAGCCUCCACCGGCGUCGCCGGUGUCACCCGCACCGAAAACGGCGGCCAUCAAGGAUACCAAGGAACCACCACAAAACAGCUCUCCCCCGUCAUCACCCGACGCUGACCCGAAUGGCGGAGACUCUGGUAUCGACCUCAACGAGAACGUGCUUGAUGUCAUUGAGACCACCAGCCUGCGUAAGGAGCGUAUCGUGGUGCUGUUCCUUGGCCACUGGAAGAAGUCAGCCUACACCGUCACGCUCAAGACCCGUGAGGCCGGCAGGAAGCUCAGCAUUGAGGGAGAGGAGACGACAGCUGUACAGCGGUGGGUACAACCAACUCCCCACAGUGAAGGGGAAGUGUCGGGCCAAAAGCUGGGCUCUCUGCGCACCUUCUUCCACCAGCGCAGCACCAUCAACCGCAUGCUGGGCAACUGGCGCAGCAUGAUCUCCAGUGUGCCCUCGCGCCAGAUACGCCGCCUCAACCGCCAGCAGGCGCUCUACUCGCCCGAGCAGUUCCUACCACGUGUGGACGGCACACCCGUGGACUACGACAGCCUGACUCUGGACCUGUUCAUGCUGGGCUACUUCCACAUCCUGGAGCUGGACCUGCCCAGCGAUGAGCGCAAGAUGCGGCACCUGCUGUGUUUCGAGGUGUUUGACCACCUGGGCCACUUCACCUGGGAGACGGUUCGGGAGUUCCACAAGGCUGUGGUGCAGGACAUCGAGGCCGGGAACCGCGAGUGGAAGGACGGCUUCGAGGACAUCAAGGUGAGGUUCUUUGGUGAGGGGUCACCGGAGUCGGAGUCCUCAGGCCAGGCGGAGCAGCAGGACAAGAUCUUUGACAAGAGAGCGCUGUUGGAGCGGAAGCCGCAGGUUCCAAAGGUCAUCGUCCAGACUCCAACUCCAGAUGAGGCGGCCACUCUGCAGACUGGAGUGGACAUCACAUCCUUCUCCAAUGAGGAGAUCUGCAAAUACAUCGACCGCAGCUUCGCUUUCUGGAAGGAGAAGGAGGCAGAGAUCUUCGACUUUGAGUAGUUUGUGCUCAUUUUACUAACAGUAAUUUUAACAUUAUUUUGAUAUUGCCCUUGAGGACGGCAACGUGGAGAUCUGCAAGUACAUCGACGACAGCUCCACAUUCUAGAAGGAGAAGGAGGCCAAGAUCUUCGACUUUGAGUAGUUUACUCACAUUUUGCUAACUUCAACUAUUACGAUAAUUUUUCUCUCGAUGAUGGCAUGGAGAUCUGCAAAUACAUCAGCCACAGCUUUGCAUUCUGAAAGGGGAGGGAGGCUGAGAUCUGG